UUUCGGAAUAUAAAUAUCAGUGGUUUGCUGCAAAGCGUUUUCAGUGACAAUCGUCGUGAGGAAAGUGAACGAAAUUGAUGAUAAGUGAGCACGGAGCAAAACUGCUUAGAUAGAGUUAAAUAAAAAAGCAGCUGGAAGCCUUAAAUGUGAAUAAAUCGGCCAAAAGAUGACAUCUUGCAAACUAACUGUAUUAUUUAGUGUGUUUUACUUACACUCAUUGUCUGCGUUUCUUAAUGGAGCACCGUUUGAGACAAGUUCGGAGAAAGCUCUGAGUGCCGAAACGCCCGCUGCCGACGUGGUUUCCACCACUCUCAGUGAGCGCAUAGGGUGGGUGCAAGAAAUGAAGCAAAUUCGGAAACACAUUAAGGAUUGCGUGCAGCAGCAAACGAAAGACUCAAUCUGGAACUGCUUCAAGGUGAGUAGUAUACGCCUAUUCGACGAUAUCAUGUCUUCCAACGUGAUACCUCUCUGGCCCGGUGUUCGUCUGGUACGCUCAAGCGCAUCGACUAAUAUAACGAAUGAGAGUCAGGCAAAGAGUAUUAGUGAAUUGUAUGAUCGUAAGGACCUGCAACACCUCACUUGGUUCGAUCGACUCGCCAUGCGGCUGGCACAAACGCUGACCACGCAUUUUCUACAGGUGAAUCUGCGUGAGCUGACAGAUGCUUACAUGCAAGCACUAGAGAGGGAAGAGAAUAAAAAGCUCAUCUCCGACAACUUAGGCACCGCACGCCAUCGCCGACAACGGUACAAUAUGAUGAUAACGAUGAUGUUUGGAGUCACCGCUCUGGGCGCUGUGCUCGUGCCCAUGGGCUUUCAAAUGCUCUCCAUUGUAAGCGGAAAAGCUUUACUGCUCGCCAAAAUGGCGCUACUACUAGCAUCCAUCAAUGGCCUCAAGAAGUCUUCUCAUUCCUUCCAUUCCUUGCCACAGGUGGCCAACAGCGGCAUCCAUUAUGGCCUCUAUCACGUGCCGGGUGAGCACUACGGCUACUACGAUCGCGGCGAUGCGCCACACCAUCCCAGGCAAGUGGCCAGUUUUGCUGUGGCACAACCAGUCACUGAGGAGCUGGGAUUGGGCAAAUAGCAAUGAGUUCAAUAAUAGAACAUAAAUAGUAAAUA